AAAGAGAAAAACCGAAAUGAAAACCAAAAAACAUUUCAAUUCAGCUGGGUCUAGGAGAAAAAAGUGCGAAUUUGUGAGAUGACGAUUAUGUUACGCCGAUCUCCUUUUUGAAGCUUCAAUAUGCAGCAGCAGGACUAGCCAUCCCACCACCAUUUCUGAAGCAGACCUCUAAGAUCCGAUCAGAUCCGUGCCGUUCUGUUCCUCCCUCGUCCCUUUCUUUCUCUAAUUCAAUCCCCCGGUUUCUCUGCUUCUACCUACGCCAUUUAUCCCUUAGCUGCCUUCGCCCCUUCUCCUCUUUCAUACACAGGUAAGCACCCAGAAAAACGAAUUUCCAUUUCUUGGUUCUUAUAUAUCGCCAUCUGGGUCUCCUCGACUGCCGACGCCGAUUCCUGGAUUCGACUGAAAGGUUUUGCCUUUUUGUUGCAAUCCCUUUUUACGGGCUAGGUGGAAAUGAGCAAGAUCGUGACCUAGGGUUUGUAAAGUCACCGCCUUUUACGGUUUACCCCUUCAAUUGUAUGAGGAUUUGGUGCUGCUUGUGCUUCACUUUCGACGACGAAGAAGGACCUGAUAGUAAAGGAUAUUGUGAAGCCAUGAGAGACGAAACUCUCGAGAAUGACGCCCACUCUGGAGGUGUUGGCAUUGGGGCUAACGGCGAGGAUCCUGUGGAAGCUGCUCCAACAUUCGACUAUGGGGAGCUGGACAUUCAUGAUCGGGACGACACGAGGUUGUUUGAAGAGAUGAUUAGAGCGGUGGAGGACGGCGAGGCGGCGGGCGAGGCGGUGAACGCGCCGGUUUCUGACGAUGGUGUUGUUGUCCCCGUUGCGUUGAGGAGGAGCAGUCUUCGGUUUGCGCAGAGGCUUCGGGGUGAGAGUAGUGGUUCAGUCACAACUGUCGCCACUGACGUUUCUGAAAAUGCUAUGGAGGAUUGUAACCGGGACUGGUAUAGCAAGCGUGCCAAAGUUUACUCUGUUUCUCAUGAUUGCCAUUAUGACACACUGAUGUCUCCAGACGCUGGCCAUUCUGGUUCUUCAGAGCCCAUGAACUUCGACUUCACCCAGAAUCGUGGUGUUCCAUCUGAGGAUGCGAUAGUUUAUCAUAAUUUAAUCUGGAAUAGCAGCAAUGAUGAAACUUCCUUUGGUUCCAAUAGUGGGGGAGAUGGUGGAGAUGGGAGUGGCCCUUCUAAGUCAGACGAUCUUGAAGUUAGAAUGGAUCUUUCAGAUGAUCUUUUGCAUAUGGUCUUGUCUUUCUUGGGUCAUGUUGAUCUUUGUCGAGCUGCAAUGGUUUGUAAGCAGUGGAGAACAGCUAGUGCCCAUGAAGAUUUUUGGAGAUAUUUGAAUUUUGAGAAUCGCAAUGUAACAGUAGAACAAUUUGAGGAUAUGUGCCAUCGUUACCCAAACGCAGUGGAGGUGAAUCUUCAUGGUGCUCCUUCUCUUCACUAUCUUGUCAUGAAAGCAGUUUCAUCAUUAAGAAACCUCGAGACUUUGACUUUGGGAAGAGGACAGCUGGGGGAUCCAUUUUUUCAUGCUCUGACAGAUUGCAACUUGUUGAGGAGUUUGAAUGUGAAUGAUGCUACCCUGGGAAAUGGUAUGCAGGAGAUACCUAUAAACCAUGACAGAUUGCAAAAUCUUCAGCUUGUCAAGUGUCGUGUCCUGAGGAUAUCCAUCAGGUGUCCAGAGCUUCAAACUUUGUCUCUGAAGCGCAGCAACAUGGGGCAAGCUGUACUGAAUUGCCCCCUUCUGCGUGUCCUUGAUAUUGCAUCCUGUCACAAGCUUUCCGAUGCGGCAAUUCGAUCAGCUGCAAUUUCAUGCCCUCAAUUGGAGUCCUUAGAUAUGUCGAAUUGUUCUUGUGUCAGUGAUGAGACAUUACGUGAGAUAGCCCAAACUUGUGCUAAUCUCCAUAUUCUUGAUGCUUCUUACUGUCCGAACGUAUCUCUAGAGUCUGUAAGGCUCCCUCUGUUGACUGAACUCAGGCUUCACAGCUGCGAGGGUAUCACUUCGGCUUCAAUGGCUGCAAUUUCUUAUAGUUAUAUGCUCGAGGUCUUGGAGCUUAACAAUUGCAACUUAUUGACUACUGUAUCAUUGGAUCUUCCUCGUUUGAAGAGCAUAAGCUUAGUACAUUGUCGCAAGUUUGUUGAUCUGAAUCUAAGAAGCGCGACACUAUCUUCUAUUAUGGUGUCUAAUUGCCCAUCACUCCAUCGCAUCAGCAUAACUUCCAAUUCUCUGAAAAAACUAGCGCUGCUGAGGCAGGAAAACCUUACUACCUUGGCUUUACAAUGCCAAUGUCUCCAAGAGGUUGACCUCACGGAUUGUGAAUCAUUAACCAAUUCUAUCUGUGAGGUAUUUAGUGAUGGCGGGGGGUGUCCAAUGUUGAGGUCAUUGAUUCUGGAUAAUUGCGAGGGCUUGACGACAGUAAGAUUCUGUAGCACAUCUUUGCUCAGUCUUUCUCUAGUUGGUUGCCGCGCUAUCACUUCUCUUGAUCUGAUAUGCCCCUAUCUUGAGAAAGUAUGUUUAGAUGGUUGUGAUCAUCUAGAGAGAGCAUCAUUUUUUCCUGUUGCACUUAGGUCUUUGAAUUUGGGAAUAUGUCCCAAGUUAAGCAUCCUUAAAAUUGAAGCCCCCUCCAUGGUGUCCUUGGAGUUGAAAGGCUGUGGUGUACUAUGCGAGGCAUCCAUCAACUGCCCACUUUUGACUUCCCUUGACGCUUCAUUUUGCAGCCAACUGAAGGAUGACUGCUUGUCUGCAACUGCUGCAUCCUGCCCAUUGAUUGAAUCGUUAAUCCUCAUGUCUUGCCCCUCUGUUGGCUCCGAUGGGCUUUACUCUUUGCACUGGCUUCCCAAUUUGACUGUGCUGGACCUGUCGUACACCUUUUUAAUGGAUCUGCUGCCUGUUUUUCAGUCUUGUUUGCAGUUGAAGGUACUUAAAUUGCAAGCUUGCAAGUAUCUGACUGAUGAUUCCUUGGAGCCACUCUACAAGGGAGGUGCUCUACCUAUGCUCCAAGAGUUGGAUUUGUCAUAUGGGACCCUUUGUCAGUCAGCAAUAGAGGAUCUUCUUGCUUGCUGUACUCACCUUACUCAUUUAAGCUUGAAUGGGUGUGUGAAUAUGCAUGACCUAAAUUGGGGUGGUAGUGAUGGUCGAGCGUCAGAGUGGCCAGCUAUUAAUAGCUCACGUGCUUCUUUUUCACUUGAGGAUAACUAUGCGGCAAUCGAGCAGCCGAAUCGGUUGUUGCAGAACCUCAACUGUGUUGGUUGUCCUAAUAUUAAAAAGGUCCAUAUCCCACCAAUGGCCCGAUGCUCUCAUUUGUCAUCGCUUAACCUUUCUUUGUCUGCCAAUUUGAAGGAAGUUGAUAUUGCUUGUUUUAACUUGGGUGUCCUCAAUUUAAGCAAUUGUUACUCAUUGGUAAUACUGAAGCUCCAGUGUCCCCGAUUGACAAGUUUAUUUCUUCAGUCCUGCAACAUCAACGAAGAAGCUGUUGAAGCUGCUAUUUCCCAGUGUAACAUGCUCGAGACUCUGGAUGUACGCUUUUGCCCAAAGGUAUUCUCAAUAAGCAUGGGCCGGUUGCGAGGAGCGUGCCCAAGUCUAAAGCGGGUAUUCAGCAGCCUACUGUCAUCUUCUUGAUGUGAGCGAAGAAAUAAUUGCCCUCCUUGUAUAAUGUUGCAGCAGCAUGUUGCAGGUGUCUGCAUGCACAACUUGUAUAACAAAUCUCUAACCAUGGAUGUCAUCUAUGGUUGUAAAUGUAGUAUUUCUCCUCUGUGCUAUGCUUGUGGUAUUGUACUUUAGCCUUAUUGUAUUUGUAGUCCUAGGUCUUGACCCCUGUAAUACUUAUACAAAUACACCGUGUGGCUUGGUGUUUUAAUCAUGUGUUCCUUACUUGGCCGAUUUUCCUUAUCGCCUGCAGCUGCUGUAAAAAGAUGGUUUUCUUUUCUGGUUUCAUAUCCAUGCGACUGUGUUAUUGCCUGCAAUAUGCAUGGUCUUACUUUCUAUUCCAUGCGGAAUCAUGGUUCGGCAGACUUGAACUUCAAGCAGUAAUUGACAGAGAAAGGGCUAGAUAAAAUUAAAACGCGGCAUUAGAACGAGGGAAUUGAAGUAUCCUCUACAUUCU